AGUAACAAGUAUCUUGGAGCUAUCCAUUCGCUUGAAGAAAAACUUGCUGGGAAAAGGCAAAUUUUUGUAAACACUCGCUGAAAAUAAGUGAAAACAGCUAUAGAAAACUUGCGGCUGCAAUGGAUCCCUCAAAUGGAGACCUGUACACGCUGGAAGCCAAUUUAGCUAACAAAUCGCUAAGGGAACUGACAGAUGGCGCCGACAAGGAUCCCAUUACCAAGUUGCGUUUGCUAUGCUUCAGCCGCGGCGCAACAGGCAUUUUGGGCCUGGGCAGGGCAUUUCGCGCCAUGGACGAUGAUGGCAGCAAGGCGCUGAACGAGGAGGAGUUCAUCACGGGCAUUCGGGACAUUGGCCUGGAUGUGACAGAUGAUGAGAUCAGGCAGAUGUUUAAUACCUUCGACGAAGAUGGCAGCGGUUCCAUAAACAUGACGGAGUUUUUGCUUAAGUUGCGACCGCCGAUGUCGCAGUGUCGCAUAUCCAUAAUCGAUCAGGCAUUCGAUAAAAUGGACAAGGACGAUGAUGGUGUUAUAACCAUAGCCGAUCUGAAGAAUGUCUAUUCGGUAAAAGAGCAUCCCAAGUACCAAAGCGGCGAGAUGAGCGAGGAUGAGAUUUUAACCCAGUUCUUGCACAACUUUGAGGGUGGACGUGGCAAUCUGGAUGGCAAGAUUACACGCGAGGAGUUUAUCAACUAUUAUGCCACAAUCAGCGCCUCGAUUGACAACGAUAUGUACUUCGAUCUGAUGAUGAGACGCGCCUAUGCCAUGUAAAGGAGUCCUCCGAGUACGGGUUCAAUAUAUAAUUCUCAACCUCGAGUAUCUAACUAUUAAAACAAACUAGUCUUUAGUCCUAUUCAUGUCUAAUUUAUACACACACCACGCAUGUUUCAUUCCAAUAAAAAAAAGUGUUUUUCCUUGCAGC